AGAGAGAGAGAGAGAGAGAGAGAGCAGGAGCGCUCCGCAGUAGCAGGGACCGAGUCAGACGGCACAGGAGCCAAAGUAGAGUCAGACGUGGCGACAGAGGCAUCUAACGCACCCGAUACAUCAAGUGGUGCACAAAGAACUGAGGACUGAGAACAAAAAAACCCCCAGAUAGAGCAGAUAUUACUAUAAAGAAAGAAAGAAAGAAAAAAAGAGAAGUGCAGUGUAUGGGACUGUUCUGUUCUGGGACAGAGAGAAAGACAGAAGCAAGAAGGAACAAUAAGACGUGUUUUCCAGAAGGACCCUUGGAAUUCUGCACUUUUACACACACCAUCUCUCUCUCUCUCUCUCACACACACACACACACACACACACACACACACUCACUCACACACACACACACACACAGUCCUGAAGCAGGAGAUAGCUAUCUCUAUUCCUCCCUACAGCUCUAAAAGUGAGAUAGAGUGUGUGUGAGUGAGAGAGCCUGCCGUUCCCCUGGAGUCUACGGGACCAUGGCACCUGUCAGAGACGCAGCGGCGCUCGGCUGAGGACGCACACACUCACACACGCAGUCAAACACACACACUCCAAGAGAUUAGCAGUACAAAGUUCUACAAUCACAUUGUCUGAUCUGGAACAUUCGGAAGCCCUAUCACAGAAAUCACAACCAAAGCAAAGGACCAACCACUUUCCAGUGCAUCCACCAGCUUGAAGCUCAUCUCUAAUCACCUUUGAGCACAUCUGAAGAUGAUGACGACUAUGAUAGUGUUGGUAAUGACUGUGAUGCUCAACCUGAUCACUGUGAGCUCAUCAUCCAGUGGAUCAUCUGCGUUUUCUACCUCUUCCUCUUCUUCACCAAGGAUGAAGCUUACUUACAAAGAACUCCAGCAGUUUAAUGGAGUGAAGCGGUUUGAGUUGGACCGCGCGUGCUGUUUCGGAUCGCUCCUACUCGACGAAGAAAGGGGGCGGCUUUUUGUAGGAGCGCGAAACUACCUGUUGUCGCUCAGCCUGGACAACAUUGCCAAGCAAGAACAAAAGAUUUACUGGCCAGCACCUGUGGAGUGGAGGGAAGAAUGCAACUGGGCAGGAAAGGAUAUCAAUAUGGACUGCGUUAAUUAUGUGAAGGUUUUACAUCACUUUAAUCGAACUCACCUGUACGCCUGUGGGACAGGAGCCUUCCACCCGACCUGUGCUUACGUGGAGGUUGGACAGAAGGUUGAGGAUCAUGUGUUUCGAUUUGAUCAAUCUCUCGUUGAAGAUGGAAAAGGGAAAAGCCCAUAUGACCCACGGCACACUGCAGCCUCUGUUCUGGUUGGUGAUGAGCUGUAUUCAGGAGUGGCCACUGACCUGAUGGGAAGGGAUUUCACAAUAUUCCGGAGCCUGGGACAGAAACCCUCCAUACGGACCGAACAGCACGACUCUCGAUGGCUCAAUGAACCCAAGUUCAUAGGCGCUUUUGCUGUUCCGGAGAGCGAAAACCCUGAUGAUGAUAAAGUUUUCUUCUUCUUCCGAGAGACUGCUGUCGAAGCUCAAGGCUUCGGCAAGGUCACCUAUGCUCGGAUUGGCCAGCUGUGCCGGAAUGACAUGGGAGGGCAGCGUAGUUUAGUGAAUAAGUGGACAACGUUCCUGAAGACUCGACUUGUCUGCUCUGUACCAGGCAACGAUGGCAGUGAAACACACUUUGAUGAGCUCAGGGAUGUGUUCCUGCUGCAGACGCGAGACAGGAAGAAUCCGCUGGUCUACACAGUCUUCUCUACUUCCAGUAGUGUAUUCCGUGGAUCAGCCGUCUGCCUGUACACUAUGAACGACAUCCGCAGAGCAUUUUUGGGGCCGUUUGCCCAUAAAGAGGGACCCAAUUACCAGUGGGUGCCUUUCCAAGGCAAAGUCCCUUACCCUCGACCAGGCAUGUGUCCCAGUAAGACGUUUGGAAGUUUCGAGUCCACUAAAGGCUUCCCAGAUAACGUGAUCCAGUUCGCACGUCAUCAUCCCUUGAUGUAUAACCCAGUGACGCCCCUCGGUGGCCGUCCGCUCUUCCUGCGCACUGGAAUGCCUUACAGCUUCACACAAAUCGCUGUGGAUCGAGUUAAUGCUGCAGAUGGCCAUUACGACGUCAUGUUCAUUGGAACAGAUGUCGGCACAGUUCUGAAGGUGAUCUCUGUGCCAAAAGGUAGCUGGAGUAACACAGAGCUGCUGCUGGAGGAGCUGCAAGUCUUCAAGGACUCUUCAUCCAUCAUCAAUAUGCAGAUCUCCUCCAAACGACAACAGCUGUAUGUAGGCUCUGAUACAGGUGUGGCGCAGGUGCCACUGCAUCGCUGCAGCAUGUACGGUAAAGCAUGUGCUGAGUGCUGCCUGGCCCGUGACCCCUACUGUGCCUGGGAUGGACACACAUGUACACGCUACCUGCCUAACACCAAACGGCGUUUCCGUCGCCAAGAUGUGAGGAAUGGUGAUCCUAACACGCUCUGUUCAGGAGAUCACCAGAAGCAGCGUGUCCUGGAGAAAAAGCUAUAUGCAGUGGAGAGCAGUAGCUCUUUCCUGGAGUGCAUCCCUAAAUCACUACAGGCUCAGGUCACAUGGACCUCUCAGAGACACCCCAACAAUGCCCGAGAAGAGGUCCGUCUUGAUGAUCGCGUGCUUCAGACAAAUCGUGGCUUGUUGCUGCGGCGAGUGUUGCGCAGAGAUGGCGGUGUAUACAAGUGUCACGCGAUGGAGCAUGGAUUCACCCAAACGCUGCUCAGCAUCACGUUGGAGGUCGUCCCCAUUUCAGGCCCCGCCCAUAGCCGAGGACACAGCCCCGCCCAGAGCCAAGGACACAGCCCCGCCCAGAGCCAAGGACACAACCCCGCCCAGAGCCAAUCACAGUCCACCAAUCAGAAGCUGUGGUACAGAGACUUCAUGCAGUUGGUCGAUCACCCCAACCUGAGCACCGUUGACCAGAUCUGCGAGCAGGUCUGGUCACGCAAGCACAGCCAAUCAGACAAAGCCAUGGCAGAUGCACCCAACGAGUCUCCACCUACCGAUCCUCUGCACUCCACCCACAAAAAGUGGAAGCAUCUGAAGGAGGUGAGGAAGGGGAGGAACCGCAGAACACAUGACGGAAAACCUGCACCUCGAGCGCCUCGGAGUGCGGGAGAGUAACAAGGGAUUUAGGAGAGAGAGACAGAGAAAGAAAAAGAGAUCACUGGAGUUGGACAAAACCACACACCAUCGCAUUUAGUGACUAUUUAUCAAAUAACACAAACAUACUAUACAUUCAAAAUUCACAACAUUCUUCCCAUACUGUACAAUUUACCACACACCAUUGCCUUACAUCCCUACACACUCUGUAGACUCCCUUCAUUCCCACACCGCUAUCCUUACACACUCUAUACACUCCCUUCAUUCCCACACCGCUAUCCCUACACACUCUAUACACUCCCUUCAUUCCCACACCGCUAUCCCUACACACUCUAUACACUCCCUUCAUUCCCACACCGCUAUCCUUACACACUCUAUACACUCCCUUCAUUCCCACACCGCUAUCCCUACACACUCUAUACACUCCCUUCAUUCCCACACCGCUAUCCCUACACACUCUAUACACUCCCUUCAUUCCCACACCGCUAUCCCUACACACUCUAUACACUCCCUUCAUUCCCACACCACUAUCCGUACACACUCUAUACACUCCCUUCAUUCCCACACCGCUAUCCCUACACACUCUAUACACUCCCUUCAUUCCCACACCGCUAUCCCUACACACUCUAUACACUCCCUUCAUUCCCACACCGCUAUCCGUACACACUCUAUACACUCCCUUCAUUCGCACACCACUAUCCGUACACACUCUAUACACUCCCUUCAUUCCCACACCGCUAUCCCUACACACUCUAUACACUCCCUUCAUUCCCACACCGCUAUCCCUACACACUCUAUACACUCCCUUCAUUCCCACACCGCUAUCCGUACACACUCUAUACACUCCCUUCAUUCCCACACCGCUAUCCCUACACACUCUAUACACUCCCUUCAUUCCCACACCGCUAUCCCUACACACUCUAUACACUCCCUUCAUUCCCACACCGCUAUCCGUACACACUCUAUACACUCCCUUCAUUCCCACACCGCUAUCCCUACACACUCUAUACACUCCCUUCAUUCCCACACCGCUAUCCCUACACACUCUAUACACUCCCUUCAUUCCCACACCGCUAUCCCUACACACUCUAUACAUUCCCUUCAUUCCCACACCGCUAUCCCUACACACUCUAUACACUCCCUUCAUUCCCACACCGCUAUCCCUACACACUCUAUACACUCCCUUCAUUCCCACACCGCUAUCCCUACACACUCUAUACACUCCCUUCAUUCCCACACCGCUAUCCCUACACACUCUAUACACUCCCUUCAUUCCCACACCGCUAUCCCUACACACUCUAUACACUCCCUUCAUUCCCACACCUCUAUCCCUACACACUCUAUACACUCCCUUCAUUCCCACACCACUAUCCCUACACACUCUAUACACUCCCUUCAUUCCCACACCACUAUCCCUAUACACUCUACACACUCCCUUCAUUCCCACACCGCUAUCCCUAUACACUCUACACACUCCCUACAUGCCGUCACCACUAUUCCUAUGCACUCUGCUGUUCCUUUACACGCCACUCAUAACCUCACUGCAAUCCCUGUACACUCAGACAUGAUGUCAACUAAAUAUAUACACUCUAUAAACACUCCAAUUUACUCGAGCACAGAGUACACACACACACACACACACACACACACACACACACACACACACACAUAUAUAUAUAUAUAUAUAUAUAUAUAUAUAUAUAUAUAUAUAUAUAUAUAUAUAUAAAAUGAUGCAAUAAUUAUUCACUUGGUCUUCUUUCUGAACACAAAGGCCUAUCUGAAAAAGUGCAGACAAGGAUGAUGUCAUUCUGAACAAUACUGUCUCAUUGUGACUACGAUUCCAAAUGGAGGAAUAAUCAAAAUCACAGAUAACGUAUUACACACACUCGAUACCUACACAAAUCAUACAGCGGUGCAAUUGCAUGCAUUGUCUUGGAACAGCACACACACUUAAACACAUGCUCUGCUUCUUGAAAAACAAAACUUGUAUAUUUGCCAGGUGUUUGUGUGUUUGUGCUUUGUGCUGUUUGUGUUCCAUAGAUUAGAAUGAGCUCAGUAUCCUCUAAUAUUCUCUGUACAACCAAAACCACUAUUUAGCUGAACACCACUAGUUGCCUGUUACCAUAGAAACCCUUAAAGCUGCUCUCUGGUGUUUACCAUCGGCAGGAAAUGGGGAGAAAGCAACUCAAAACUGUGAACUUACCCACAAAAUGUUGUCAACAGCAAAUUUUGGUAAAAGAGAUCCUUUGGAGAUCCGUUGUGUAGCCUGGCUGCUCACUAGCGCCACCUGUUGUACGGAAACAAUUUGAGCUGCUUUUAUGGAGGUUUCCGCUUCCACUUUAUCCACAGCACAUUUUGUGUGAGAUCAAAUGGUGGUAGGGAGGAGGGUCAUCUGUGUGCAAUGUACUUGUACGGUGUGUGUUUGUUUACUUUACGAUGACAUUAUCACACACAUUAUCAGAAGCAGCAUCAUAGCAGGGGUGCAUUAUGGGGAAAUCAGAUGAAAGCAGGUGUGGGUAAAGAAAAUAAGUUAUGAUGGGGGUAAAAAAGGAUGUUUUGGUUUCAAACCCUCAACUAAUCUGGUGACUAUUCACAAGACAUGAUGAUUGUGUCUGUGUGUGUGUGUGUGUGUGUGUGUGUGUGCGUAUUUCCCACAGUCACAUUAACUAUAUAUUGCUCAUAUAGCAUGUUAUUUAAAGUAGAGUUUGUUCAUUUUAAAGUAAAAACACUAAGCUGCUUAUUAUAAUGACAUCAGCAUUACCCAUCAGCCCUUUCUGCUGAUGUAGGGUUGUUUUAGGUUAGAUGACAAAUAACAGAUGAUAACUCCUUCCUCCUCUAGAGCUAAGUCAGCCAAUUACAGUAUUCCUAUGCUGUUAAUAAAGAUGCAGGCUGUGCUCCAAUUCUCAUACUACUGUACACAAGCAGCAUCACAGAAAGUGGAAUAGUGGGGUUGACUACCCACUCUCUUGGACUACUUCUGUGGUUCCAAACAUGGCAUCUUGUUCACUAUUAUUAUUUCCCUGAGUGGUUUGUGCUGCUGGCUUGUAUGAGUUUGAAUGAAAAUAAUGAGUCAGCGCACUAGAACGGUGAACUGGUGACUUUGGUUUUCACCACUAGAUGGCAGCUUGGUGUCGUGAAAGAACCUUGAAGCAAUCAUACUUAAUGUUGAGUUAAACUAUCACUAUUCCAUUACAACGAGAGAAAGAGAUUUCAUGAAAAGUGUAGUUUCUCACAUAUAUAGCUACAAUGAGGUGCUCUCUUCGUAUUCGUCCCUUCCCAAAAGUAUCUGGCGCAUGAUUUUCUGGUCAGUAACACAGUGGCUUGGUUUUAUUUUUUAAAAUGCAGAAUGAUGAAAUAUUAAUCAAACAUACUCAUAUGUUCUAGUUUUUCUACAGUGUUGGGUUUUAGGGGGUAAAGUUCUAACACUCUGGUAAUAAGGAUUGUAUAUAUGAAUAAAUAAAUAAAUAAAUAAAAGUCAAUAAUGUCACACAAAUUUUGCCAUUUGAGAAAUUUCAAGCAACAAUCCUAGGCAACAUUCUCAGAAAAUAAAAGUACCAAAAUGUACUUUUCCUCAUCACCAGGCUGGUUCCAUCAAUAAUGGACAUAUUGUAAAUGUCUUAUGUGUCUUUUCUUUAUUAAGAUGCACAAGUGGUGAAUGGUUUACCUUUAGCUUUUAUAGUAAAACUUUAAAAGUAGUGGUCCUUAAGAUCCGAUUAUGUACCUAAAGGUACAAAAGAUGUACCUUGAUAGUACCACACCAUCAGCAAAGAAAAUUACAGUGUAUUUCUAAGAGUAAAUUUCAGAUUCUUUUGGACCCCUUCGCAACCUAUUUUCCCUCUGCAAUCAGUUCCACUAGCUAUUAUCAGUUCCUUAAGAUAUAAGAUAAGAGUGUAUAUGAGUGAAUAGUUUUGUCUAUUUAUAAUGUUUCAUGAUGUAAAGAACGGUUAUGCCUGUUUCUGUUCAUUUGCAUGACUUAAAAAAAAAAGAUGUGUAGCUGAGUGUUUUGCCAAUACAGUAGACAGGAAGCACAUUGGCACAUCUAAUGUUCUUAUGACAUAUUUAAGACGUAAUAAGCUAAUAUGUAGUGGUGAAUUGUGCUGAGAUUGACAUUUGUAAUAUAACCAUUCUUCUGAAAACUGGAGAAAAAAAGUGUGUAUAUUUUGAGGUAUAUGUUCUUUUCCUUUUUAAACCAUAUUUAAGGACUUGGUCUGAAACUCUCCCUGUGUGAAAUGACAUGUUUUCUCUUUUAACUAUGUUUUUUUUUUUUUUUUUUCUAAAAAAAAAAAAUUAUAAUAAUAACCAAAUGACCCAGACCAGCUCACUGAUUUCCUUGCCUUGUGACUCUUCUCAUAUUCUGAGAGACAGAGUGUGUGUGUGUGUGUGUGUGUGUGUGUGUGUGUGUGUGUGUGUGUGUGUGUGUGUGUACUGUAUGUGCGCUUGUACAUGCAUGUGUUUGACACAUUAACAUGAGUAUGUGUGUUUUUUGUGUGUCUACUGUUAGAUGUUGUAACUGUAAACCAUUGCUUAAAAGUGGGACUUCAUUGUCUGGAGAGGUCAAAGGUUGAAGGCCAAAGUUGAUGUGGAACACUGUAGUGACUUUUCCUAUUUCUAUGUGGUUUGUUGCAUCAGACUGUAUUUGAUUAACACAAAGAAAUAAACAGUUACUUCAAAUUCA